AUGGCCACCACUCAAACCACCAUCUCCAAGAGGAGAAAGUUCGUAGCUGACGGUGUUUUCUACGCCGAGCUGAACGAGUUCUUCCAGCGCGAGCUGGCCGAGGAGGGCUACUCCGGCGUCGAGGUCCGCGUCACCCCCACCGUCACCGAUAUCAUCAUCCGCGCCACACACACCCAGGAGGUUCUCGGAGAGCAGGGUCGCCGCAUCCGUGAGCUCACCUCGCUCAUCCAGAAGCGCUUCAAGUUCCCCGAGAACUCCGUCUCCCUCUACGCCGCCAAGGUCCAGAACCGUGGUCUCUCCGCCGUCGCCCAGUGCGAGUCCCUCCGAUACAAGCUUCUCAAUGGUUUGGCCGUCCGAAGGGCUUGCUACGGUGUGCUGAGGUUCAUCAUGGAGUCUGGCGCCAAGGGUUGCGAGGUCGUUGUCUCCGGAAAGCUCAGGGCCGCCCGUGCCAAGAGCAUGAAGUUCACCGACGGUUUCAUGAUCCACUCCGGUCAGCCUGCCAAGGACUUCAUCGACCACGCCACUCGCCACGUCCUGCUCCGCCAGGGUGUGCUCGGUAUCAAGGUUAAGAUCAUGCGCGGCUCCGACCCCGAGGGCAAGGCCGGCCCAUCCAAGACUCUUCCCGACUCUGUUACCAUCAUCGAGCCCAAGGAAGAGCAGCCCGUUGUCCAGCCCAUGUCGCAAGACUACGGUGCCAAGGCCAUUGCUGCUCAGCAAGCUGCGGAGCAGGCCAGGCAGGCAGAGCAGGGCGAGGGCGAGGCCCAGCCAGCUGCUGGUGAGGGCUACUCUGAGGAGCAGUAG